AUGCCUAAUGUUAAGCACAUGAGCAGUGAUCUUAAAGUCAGCAGUGUUGUUCGUGUGGGUGAACUUUCUGUGGAAGGCAUACAAGACCCAUUUCUUGUUAGUGUGCAUAUUAUCGCAGACCCAGGUGAAUCCAAGACUCUUCAGCAAGCCAUCGAUAAGCUUCUAGCCUGGAUCCAUCCAGACCUCCAGCUGUUUCGAGUCUCAGAAAGACGAGUGGCCAAGAAGCGCAGGAAGCCAGGUAAGGCUGGUGUUUCUCAGCCAGCCCUUGCCAUCAUUUUGUUUCUGCAGGAGGAAUAUGGAGAAGAACCCAUCUUGCAGCUCCACGAAACCUUUCAGCAGCCACCUUGGCAUUACCACCACACAGAACGAGUGCAUGGGAAGUUCCUCCCUUACAUGCCAUGCAGCCAGGACUUCUACACUUUGGCUCCGGAGACUCCUCUGUGGGCCAUUCGCCCCGUGCACUACGGGAAAGAAAUCAUCCGCUUCACCAUAUAUUGCAGGAGUGAAAACUUUGUUGACAUUUUGAAAUUGUAUGAGUUAAUACUGAAAAGACCAGUAUGUCAGAAAAAAGCUGACUUUUGCGUUUUUCCUGUCUAUUCUAACGUGGAAAUAGACAUUCAGUUUUCUGUAAAAAAACUUCCGAAGGGCCAUGUGCCAAUGCCAACAGAGUCAGCGGUGCUGGAGUUCAGAGUGAAAGACGUGGGGCAGCUUGUGCCUCUCUUGCCCAACCCUUGCAGCCCCAUCAGCGAAGGCAGGUGGCAGACAGAAGACCACGAUGGAAACAGGAUCCUUUUGCAGCAAGCACGUGGUUGGUGUAGGAAGUCUGCAAAGCAGAACAAACAACCAUAUCCAUCUGUGUCAACAGAUUCCCACUUCACCACUCUGCCAGCCGUUCUUCCUCAGAGCCACCGAUCUGUCCCUGAACAGCCAAAAGAAAUGGGUCAAAACAAGUUACAUCACGCAAAUGGCCUUGGUCAUCAUCUUGGUUUCUCCCAGCAGGACUUGAGACACAGUGAACGAGGAGACUUCACACGUAGAUCCAGCAGUGCCUCCAGCAUUUCAUGGUCAUUUCAACGAAGCAAGUCUCUGUUCUGCUUGCCCACAGUGAACUCCUCCUCAGCCUCAGAGGCUUUUCAUUUCAGUGAACCGUUUCAGUUUUUAAAUAUUGGGUCACCUGCAACCAGGUUAAAAACGUGGAGAUGCAGCCCCAGGCUUAACAUUGAUGACUUGGAGGGUGCCCAGGAGACUGAUGUAGACACAGGGAUGAAGCUGUCCUUCUCAGACCUGUCUGUGGUCUCUGCAUACACUGCCCUUAAUGGAUUUUGCAAUGACUUGGAAGCCUCUCUUCCCCCACAGAAGCAAACUAUCAGUAAGACUAAACAGGCAGGCACCAGUGGAAGACCUGUAUCAGCCAUGUGCAAUACCUUUGAGUCAGUUGAUGGUUCACUGCCUUCUCUCUCUGAGUGGUCUUCCAGCUCAUUCACAUCAGCAUCUCUCUCCAAGCAGCCCCAACAGUCCUUGAGGGCAGCUCCCUGUUCUCUGGAUGAUCGUGGUAGUGUUUGCCCAGCUUCACCAGCUAAUGAAGAAGAAUUUUACAUCUGA